ACUCUCCACCCCUAGCCCUGCUGGUGACCCUCACUUUGGACUGGCAGGCCGCUCCUGCCCUAGUGCCAGUCGUUCCCAACCCGCAGCCCCCUCUCCCCCCAGCCCUGGCUGUGGGAAUGGGGGGGGGGGAGGGGGGGGAUUUAUGACCACCUGGCUCCCCCUUGUGGCAGAAGAGAGGAACUGCAGCAGCUCAUGACCCAUAGCAAGGUCACCAUGAGCACCCCAGUGUUGGGGGGAGGUGCAGGGGGCUGCAGGUUAUAAAGGGUUGGGAGCAGAUUCUCUGCACCCCACAGAACAGGGAAGAACCAUGUCCCUGAGGUGGGGCGGGGGGACAGACCUGACACAGAGCCCUUCUGGUGCUGGAAAAGAACCCAGUAGCUCUGGUCCCUACACUGCUCUACCCACUAGCCCCCACUCCCUGCCCACAGCUGGGAGAGAAUCCAGGUGUCCUGGCUCCCAGCCCCCUACACCAGAUCCCUCAUGCCCCCUGGAAGCUGGCAGGAGAACCCAGCCAUCCUGGCUCCCAACCCCCUCUGCUCCAAUCCACCAGCCCCUCACCCCCUCUCUGUGCUAGGAGGGAACCCAGGCAUCCGGCUCGCAGCUGCUCCGAGUCACAUGUGCCAGGUUCCAGCACCAUGGCAACAGCCAUCACAAACAUCCCCCCCUCCUCAACAAUCCAGGCAGCCUGGGCAUGGCGGGCACUGCACUGGCUCUGGCCACUGUGCCGCAGCCCUUGGUGGGUAUGAAGGGGGGACACUGGCACCACCGGCAAGACUGGCACCUCACCAGCAGUGGUGUGGGGCUGGAGUACCAGCCCCCCCUGCCCUUCCUGCCACCUGCUGCCCAAUCCACCCUGCAUCAGCCCCUACCCCUCGCCUCUGAGCAGUUGUGGAAGGAGGGGGACACCAAGCACCUGGCCACCACCACAGUCCUGUGCCACAAGGUGAAAACCCAUGGAGGGGUCCUCAGCCAGCCUCACCACCCUAUCCCCCCACCACACUGGCAGGUGCACUUCAAUAAGGAUCUGCAGGACAAGCUGCAUCUCCACACCUGGCAAUUCCCCCUUGCCGCAGCCUACCUGGUCAGCGAGAUGCAGGAGUGCUUCCCUGGCUGGCCCAGCCUGGCCCCCAAUGGCGCCCGGCUUCCUGGGGCCCAGGUCCCAUGCCUGGUUGACCACCACUGCGAUGGGCCCUCCAAGCAGGUGGUGCCCACUACCCAGAACCCAGCACUGGCUGGGCGCCUCUUCUACCUGCAGGAGGAGGGGGCACUGCACCAGCUUGAGCCCUAUGCCUCUGUCCCUGCCCGUGACUUCCGGCCCUUCUCCCAGUAUGGCAUCCCUUGGCACAGGGCCCCAGACCCCUGGGUUCCCUGGAGGGGAGCAAGGAGAGGACUGGAGCCUGGGAGGGUGUUUGCCAGGACUCCUACAUCCUGCUUAGGGAAGGAGCUGCAGUGUCUCACCCACAAGAGGGCAGGGGGCCUCCCCCUGCCCUUCCCCUACCCCCCAUGUGACCGUGCCCCCUGCUCCCUGCGGCUGCCUAUGGAGACACCUGCCAUGACCCACCGGGGGGCACUCAGCUUGGCACAUGAGUCCUUUGGGGUGCAGUGGUGGGCCCCAACGUGCCUGGGUCCCAGGCAGCGCCAGCCCACUGUGUGCCUGCAGGCUGCCCUGCCCAAGGUCCUGGCGGCACAUGGCAUGUACUGUGCAGAGGCCUAGAGUUACGGGAGUGGCAAACCAGACCCUGUGUGACCCCCAGCCCCCAAACAUGCUGCACUGUCAGCCCCCACCGGGCUCUGGGUCUCCAUGACUGAGGUAGGGCUGUGCCAUGCCCCUCCCUGCCUACCACAACCCCAGACUGCGGAGGCUGGGAUGGGGUCAGGGGCAUGUCACAGAGACUACAAGGCCAGGGGGAUUUGUUGUCUGGCAACCCAGCAGGUGUGGGUGGCAUGGGGAAUGGAAAGGGAAGGGGUGCCCUUGGAGAGGGACAAGGGAGCCAGAGGGGCCCAGUCCCUUCCCAGGAUUCCUGGCUCCCAGGCCCCCUGCUUUAACCCACUAGACCCCAACCCUUUCCCAGAGUUGGGAGAGAACACAGGUGUCUGAGCCCCUGCAACCCCACUCGCCCCCAACACAAACCCACCGGGCCCUGGUUCUCUCCCAGAACUGAGAUGGAAUCGUGUCCUGGCCCCCAACUCACCUGCUGUCACCCACCAGACCCCACACCUUCCUGGAGCUGGGCUAGCUAUGAACUCCUUACCAGUGCACUUUGGGGUAGCUUGGAUGCCUGGGUUCUCUCCCUGAUUGGGGAGGGGGGGGAAGCAUACGUGCCGGAAGCCACCCCCAAGCAGCCUUGGCUGUGAGGCCACCUCCACCCUGUGCCCAGGCGGCCUUGGGUGCUGUCUGUGGGUGGAGAGGCCAGGGUGGGGGGCUGGGAAGGUCUGGAUAUGUCGGGGCUGGCCCUAUGGGUACAUAACAGGCAGCAGGGACAGAGGGGCACCACUUCCUGCCCAGCCCUGCCAGCAGCAUGAGGCCCCUGCAGGUGAGUGCCCAGCCCAGGGCUCUGUGGGUGCACAGAGGGAGGGAGGGAUGCCAAUGGGGCGGGGGGUGGGGGCAGAGGAGAAAGAAGUCUCCUUGCAGGGGCAGGAUGGGUUACACUGGCCAUGCCUGCAGGAAGUUGGUGGGACCGGGCCAGUGGGCACCAGGGGUUUAAGUGUGUGCAGUGGGGGCACAGAAAGGGCACUAUGAACAUGGGCAGGUUCCAGGCAGGGGCUGGGCAAGGCUGUGGGGGCACCUAAGGAGGUGAUUGGGGUUUGAGGGGUGUGUGGCUAGCAAGGAGGGAAGGAGGGGCACAUGCAUGUGCAAGGUGGCAGGGCACAAGGCAGGUACAAGUGAGCAUGUACCUGAGGGCUGUGUGCCCGGGGGGGGGGGGCAGCGGCAGUGCAGGGACAACAUACAUGGGGCAAGUGUGCAUGGGGGGGGCGGGUCAUGUGGGAAGAGAGUGCCCAUAACUUCACAGAGGGCACCCAGGAAGGGGUGUGCACAUGGGUGGAGAGGGGGCUGCACACAGCCAUGGACAGUGGGAUGGACACAUGAGGAGGCCUGUAAAUUGGGAGGUGGGGGA